AUGACGGUGGCAACCUUCCAACAGAUCAACUCUCCUCCAUCUUCAACGUCCAGAACUCGCAAGCUGUCGCACUCUUCCUCUUCGCUAGAACAACUUCAUACCUUGUCGAAGAAACUGCGACUCUUGUCAGAAGAACACAAAAGCACCAAAAGCAACAACAGCAAAAUGGCUUCCCUGCAAGUCAACUCAGAUCCCUCCUCCUCGCCCAGGUCUAAACCUUCCCUGUCAUUAGACCUUUCAAAUCUACCACCUCUCUCCCGACCAAGCCCCCCCAGCAACACACUCAUCAUAACCGAACUCCAAAAUCUCCUCGUCUUCCAACCCGCCUCCCUAGCCUCCCUCCGCGAGAAAGUUACUGCCGUCGCCGCUCUGAACUCCUUUUCGCCCCUCCCCAGCUUCCGACGAAUCGUCUGCUCAUUCAUGACUGUUGAGGACGCCAUCAAAGUCCGACAGCUCUUCGAAUCAACAAAGACAGUUUUUGACGAAUGCGGGGUUCGCGCUCGUAUUUACUUUGGCGAACCCACGCCCAUCGAGAAUACAGAAGAAGCCAAGAGGAAGAAAUUACUGGAAGCACCGCAGUCGCAAAAGAUGUUUUUCAUUAGCCCGCCUCCCAGUCCGCCGCAUGGAUGGGUGAUGCGCAAUGAGGAACCUCCCAACAAAGAGGUUCAUGCUAGUGACUUGGCUGAUGCGCUUGCCCGGUUGGGGACGCAGCAUCAGUCUGAUAGCAGCGACCCCAUUUCACCUGUUUCGGUCACUUCUUCGUCAGAGGGUACCCAGCGGGAGAGCACUCCUAGUGUUGCGCGCAACAAUGGGUCAUGGCCUUCAUCGGCCGAAGGUGCUAGACGCAGUCGCUCAAGUACCCUGAUCUAUCACCCGAACGAUCACGGCGGAUCACCCAACUUACCCGCUGUCAUGGUGGAGGAUACCUCGAUUGUCGAAGAUGCAGAUAUCGAUGACGACGAACUUAUGAUUGGUUCGUCGGAGGGAGAGGGAAAGAAGGUUUUCGCGCAUACUGCUAGACCGCCUAUUGAAUUAAUGCAUUAG